UAAGAAUAUCAAAAAAUGUCCAGUUAUCGCAACAUUUCGGAGGCAUGCUUCGAAUGUUUCACAGUAGAUAUGAAGAGGCUGCUGUUCCACUGAUGAAAUACAAGCACGUUUCUAAGGAAAAGCAAUUACGAAAUGUUGUUUCAACACGUUCCUCUAAUCACCGGACGUGACGAUUAGCCCUCGACUCCAUCGCUUGGCCGCCUUUCAACUCACAGAUGCUGGGGACCGUUGAACAGUCAUGUUCUGGAUUGUACUCCUCUUCAAUCUUCUCGGGGCGACAAAUGCCGUCCGUCUGGAGGCAUGCGACGAAGAGUGCUUGACACAAAAAAGAGUCGCCUUUGUGUCACCCACCAUAUCCGAGUGCGUCUGCGCCACGGGGGUGGAUUGGACUCUAGUUUAUCGAUAUCUGUACGACCGCGAUUUCUUCACCGAUGCAUGCUUCAUGUGCUUCGUACGAUGUGUACAGCUUAAGACCUACACGGCUUUUCCCGACGGUACCCUAAACGUCGACAGCGUGUUAAUGACGUUUCCUGAUGCCGAUCGAGAUGCUCUCUGGGAAUGCUCCUUGUCUGUAGAGCACAUUUUGGACAAGUGUAAAAGAGCGUAUCAAAUGUCAAUUUGCGCGCUUGAUGUUAUAUUUGGACACCAUUAAUUUGUUAUUAACUUGAGUUUAUAAAUAAAUAUAUAACUGGAA